AUGGCCGACCAAAGGCACGCUUCGGAUAUUUUAAGAGAAGACAUUGAUGAAGAAAGAGAUUUAAGAGAUUCAGUGCAGCCAAGUGAGCAGGAUGAGGAAUUUGAAUUUGCUUCUUCGAGCCAGGGAUACUCCGACAAGGAGGAUGAUCUUAUAGCCGAAGAAGAGGAUGAAAUCGCUCUAGAUGACGAUGGAGACUUCGGAGAAGUCAUUUAUCACAAUGAACUAAGAGAAAUGGAUGCUCUGGGAUUAACUGAUAUAAGUCGUUUAGCGUCUUGGAAGUUAUCGUCUUAUAAGCCUGGCUUUGGAAUUGAAGCGUUACAAGACGAAGACCCGAAUCUCUUUUGGCAAAGCGACGGGCCACAGCCACAUUUCAUUGACCUCCACUUUUCUAAACGGGUGUCUGUAGAGCGAUUGAGUAUUUACGUCGAUUAUAACUUGGAUGAGUCGUACACCCCAGAGAAAAUAGCUGUAUCUGCUGGGACAGGAUAUCAUGAUCUUCAAGAAGUAUCUGCUGCAACCAUAGAUAAGCAUGUUGGCUGGUAUCAUAUAAACUUGAACGAUGGGCCAGGGCAUGUGCCAACAAAAUUAUUUCUUCUACGGCUUGCAAUUUUGACAAAUCACCAGAGCGGAAAAGAUACACAUAUCCGAGCUUUGAAGGCCUUUUCGAUUUUAAACAGACGCACUUUCUUACGUCCAGUGAUUGGAGAGUGUGACACCAUUGUAUUCGAGGGUAAACCAGAGGCAAACAUUGAGCCACCUCCAGAACUGCCAUUAACAGCUGCCGAUGACGCACCGAAAGCAAAUGCACCCCCAGAACUACUGGCACUAUUAGCACCAGCACCAGAACUGGCCCCAAAAGCAAAGCCAUUUGUAGACGGUGCAGGUGUGGAUCCGAAAUUAAAACUUGGAUUGGCACUAAAGUUCAAGCCACCUUGGGGAGCCGCUGUCGACGGUGCUGGCUGUUGUGGAGCCGGGGACCCAAAGUUUGUAGAUAUAGUAUUUCCAAACUGGAAAGGUGUGCUGGAGGUUGAAAUAGUAGGAACAGCUGUACCAUUGGCAGGAGCUGCAAAUCCCGUAUUGGCGCCAAAACUAAAACUUGGUGUGGGAACAGUUGUGUUGGAACUGUUAGCUCCAAAGCUGAAUGGUUUAUCAGCUGUACCAGUUAUACUGCUUCCUGAACUAGGUGCGGAUGUUGCUGUCUGGCCGAAGCUGAAGGGGGUCGUCACGGGUUUAGAUACCUCAGUAGCUGAGGUUCCGAAUGUAAAUGGUGAUCCCGAGGACUUGGCUGUCGAAGUAUCCGCGGAUUCAGCUGGUUUGCCGAAGGCAAAAGGUAACCCAUUAGUUUGGCUGUUGGUGAACCCUGUAGAAGAACUACUUUUACUAGAACCAGUUGAGUCAGCAGGCUUACCAAAUGCGAAAACUGAUGAGCCAGAGCUAGGGACUACUGCGGGCGAGGUAUCAGCCUUUGCAUCCUUACCAAAUACAAAUGGUGUAGAAGCAGUGCUCGAUGGCACAGAACCAAAGAGCGAUGUAGAAGCCGCCGUUGUUGUGGGUGCCGUUGAAGCUGCUGAAGCAGAAGACGCACUGCCAUCUAAUGGAGAACCCGAGGUGAGUGUAUUAAUAGACUUCAGAUCUGGCUUGGAUAUGAUCGGUAGGUUGGCGGCUACAGUCUCAGUCGAAGAAUUAAUAGAAGCAGGCUUUUGUCCAAAUAAAGGACUAGGCGAUUCCGUAGGCUUCGUAGCAGAUAUACCAAAACCGUUAAAAGUCUGA